UAAGCAAAGUUUUCUUUUCAAAACGCUUUUUCUGUGCUGGGAAUUUACAGAUUUAGAUCAAGGAAGCCAGGUGAAUUUGUCCAAAUUAACAGAAGCUAAAUUUAGCAAGCUAUUUUUAGCACAGCUGCCGACCAAUCAAUACGAUUUACCGAAUUAUUAUCUUUCGGCGAAUUCAUCUUCAUAACAUGAUGAGUACAAGAUGGCUACUCCAAGUAACAACUGGGUGAAGUUAAAUGUCGGUGGAACGUACUUCUUAACGACAAAACAAACGCUUUGUAGACACCCUAACUCCUUUUUACAUAGACUUUGUGCAGAAGAUCCUGAUUUACCCUCGGACAAGGACGACAGCGGUGCUUAUAUGAUAGAUCGAGAUCCUCGCUAUUUUGGACCUGUUUUAAACUAUCUACGACAUGGCAAACUUAUAAUCGAUAAAGACCUCCUUGAAGAAGGUGUAUUAGAAGAAGCAGAAUUUUAUAAUAUUGACCCUCUUGUUAAAAUAAUAAAGGAAAGAAUACAGUCAAGAGAGGCACGUCAAAAGAUCCCACUUCAAUCAAAGAAACAUGUAUACAGAGUACUGCAGUGCCAUGAAGACGAACUCACUCAAAUGGUUUCUACAAUGUCAGAUGGUUGGAGAUUUGAACAGCUAAUAAGUGUUGGCAGUAAUUACAACUAUGGUAGUGAAGAUCAAGCAGAAUUUUUAUGUGUUGUGUCAAGAGAUGUGUCUGAUUCACAAGAACAAGGGGCAGGAGGGACUGAACAAAGUGAUAAGGCAAAGACUUUACGACUGCAAGGACUAAGAAUGUAGCAUCAAGUUUAAUAGGAUAGUUUACUUACCCCCCCUUCCCAAAGUAUAAUUAUUGCUCCCACCCUACUAACAGUUACCUAAUCAAGGACAGUGAGUAGAGGUGUGAGUAAAAAGAGGCCGUGAGUCAUAUAUUAUUUGGUGGAGUGGGAGGGGGGAUAUCAAAAUUUAUUAGCAACAUUCAUUGUCUGUGCUUGUGACAAAUAGAAUUUUAAAGUAAUUCUAAGACUUUGUUGUUUUACAGAAAAUAGGACUAUUUCUUAAAAUUGUAAUAUUGCUUUUUGUUUUUGACAGCAAAAAAAAUUGUGUUUUGAUAAUUCUAUAAGAUUGCACCAUUUCUUGUGAAGUGCAUAACACAUGAGGACAUCAAGGAGACAUUUGAAGUAAAUUAAUCAAAAAGCCCCCUGUAUUAACUGAAAGGCUUGGGAUUGUCAGGGUUUGGUUUCAUCCGAUCUUUUCAUCUUUCCUCAUCUCUAUCUUUCCCAAUAUUUCUCCAUUCUUGUUUCUCUUUUCGGUUUCAUGUCACUUUACUCCUUAGAUAUCAUUAUCAGUUCUACCCAAUGUCUUCCAUGCAUUAUCUACAAGCUAGGCUCUUCAAAUUAAUUAUUGAGUCAAGUAAUAUCCCUUGAUGACAAUUUCUUGCUUCUCAUUGUGUUUCUGCUUGAGAGCACGCUUAGGUAAGGAGAAAUUCACUGCUGAUCUCUUCUGAAAGUGAAAAGGUUGCUUACCCUACUUAACUUAACCCUUCAACUCCCAAGACUUGAUUGUUAAUUCUCCCCACUAGGAAGUUUAACUGAAAUUUGGUACAAGCAUUUUACCAACUUUUAGCUUAUGGAGCUUCAAAUUGAUAGUCUUCAGUGGGCAAUGCUCAGUGUCUCUCCAGCAAUUGGCAUGGUAUUGAUAUAAUCAAGUUUUAAAUUCUUCUUGUUAUUUAAUCUUAUUCCUUGGGAACUAUACUCCCAAACACAAUUGUUGGCACACCUCUGCCUCCCCUGCCACCCUCAGUGUUGGUCCACAAGAUGUAAUUGAAACAUUGGCAGUUAACGGCAUAAAAACAUUGGCAGUUAAUGGUAUAGAAGCAUUGGAAGGCUAUGGCAUGGAAAUAUAGGUAGUGAAUGGUGUAGAAACAUCAAUUUGCAAUUAACAACAUUGGGCAGGGGGAGGGGUGACUAUCAUAGAUAUUAUUACAGAGAAGUGUCCCAACAAAUAACUAAUGGUAAUAGGACAGAAUGGAGUCUAAUUCUGUCUGUCAUCAUACAAGUGAUUACAAACUUGGAAGACCAUUAGGUGGAAGUCUGAUUUGUAAACAUAAGUAUGAUUGCAGACCGAACUGGACAAAAAGAAUCCAUGUUACCAAUAAUUCAUAACCAUUACAAUUUCCAAAAAAAAUGUACAUUUAUUUGAGAAAAUAUGUCUGGUAGAGACAUUGCAAAAAAUUUCUCCAUUUUGUGAAUUACCUAGUUUUGUUGGGCAAGUGGUUGUUGCUAUUGUUAUUGCAAUCAAUCCUGUGAUUGGUGGAUUUAGCAAAGUGGACUUGAUAUAAUUGGCUGCCUUUACUGUCCAAUCACAGGUGUCUGAGUACAGCCAACCAUCCAAUUAUACUUUGAUUACAAUUGACAGAAAAAGGAGUUAAAAAUAAACUAGUAAUCCACCGAUAACAUUUGAGGAAUUUGUGAUGGGUAUGAUUAUGUUUAGGAGUGUAGAUUAUCAGUCAAGAAGAUAAUCAAGUAAGUUUAACUUCAACUAAAAUGCAGUCAACACAAAAUUUUUGUUUUUUUUUAAGACUUUUUAAGAGUUAAUUUCAUAUUAUUGCUUUGAAUUAUGAAUACAUUCUUAUUUGCCUUGCCUUUCUGUUGCAGUAGUCAAAACGCUUGUCUAACUUUAAAUGAUUAAUUAAUUGAUUGAUUGAUUGAUUAGAGUUGACAGAUGAUAGAUGAAAUAGAUUUAUGUUUAUACAAGCCAGCAAUUCUGAAAUGAAAAUAUUGAACUAGCCUUAUAGUGAUCUUUUUGUAUAUUUGUAUAUUUCCCUUGUAAAGCUGUAUAAAUUGCCCUUGUAAUUGAUUGGCAAUAAAUUUGAUUU